UAGAAAUGGCAUCAUUGAAUAGCAAAAGAAAAUGUAUUUAUAUAUCUUUUGUGAAUAAUUUUGUUUGUUCUAUUUUUCUUCAUAAAAUUCAAUAGAGCCUAAAUUAAUUUUAGUUAUAAAAAUGGACUCGGAAGAAGAAACAUAUGAUGAUGUUGAUUCAGGCAAUGAAUCAAGUGGAGAUGAUGUUGAUUUUGUUAUGGAAGUUGAAGUUACUAGACAUGGAGAUAUACAGACUGAGUUAGAGGAUUAUCCUUUUGAAGUUCUUAGUACCGAAGAAAUAGUACAACACAUGGUAGAUUCUAUAAAAGAUGUGAAUUCAGUUGUCGAGAUACCUGCUACCACUACGAGAAUCCUGUUGAAUCAUUUCCGAUGGGACAAAGAAAAACUCAUGGAGAAGUUUUAUGAUGGGGAUCAAGAUCAACUAUUUUCUGAAGCUAGAGUGAUAAAUCCUUUCAAAGAAAGAAAUGUUAAUUUCCGAAUGAAGCUUCCUAAGAAAACUAUAAACGCUACUGAAGUAUGUGAAAUUUGUUUCACGACUCUACCAGCUUCUCACAUGACUGGUUUGGAAUGUGGUCAUCGAUUUUGUACUCAUUGUUGGUGUGCAUAUCUCACUACCAAAAUUAUGGAAGAAGGGGUUGGCCAAACUAUUGCCUGUGCAGCACAUGCUUGUCACAUUUUGGUUGAUGAUGCUACUGUCAUGAGACUUGUAAGAGAUUCUAAAGUUAGACUCAAAUAUCAACAUCUCAUUACUAACAGUUUUGUUGAGGUGAGUAAAAUUUGUUAUUUGUGUUUGAAUAUUUAA